AUGGCGGAUUCAUCAGCACCAGGUAAGAAAGCAGCACGUACAUUUGAUAUUCAAGCAAUGAUGGAUCAAGCACGAAUAGGUGCACAAGAACGAUCAAAUGUUGAUUGGACAAAUGAGAUUGAAAAAGCAAAAGAAGAUAAUGAAUUACGUAUUGCUGAAAUGAAAUUAAAAGCUGAACAAGCAGCUAAACAAAUGUCAACUAAGAAUAGUAGUUCAAAUAAUGAAGACGAUGAUGAUGAUGAUGAUUUUGGUCCAUCAAUUUCUCUUGCUACAACAUCAACUGACAAUAAGGAAGAUACUGAUAGCGACGAAGAAGAUACACGUCCACCAGAAUCAAAUGAUCAAGAUGAUGAUCGAUUAGAUGAUGAUGAACGACCAUUUUUUCCUUUAACACAUGAAAUUGAUCUUAAACAUGGAACAAAAACAGUAUCAUGUUUAACAAUUGAUUCCAAUGGUGAACGUUUAAUAUCAGGUGGUUUUGAUUAUGAACUUAAAAUGUGGGAUUUUCCAAUCAUGAAUAAAAAAUUACAAUAUAGUCGAGCAAUAUCUCCAUGUGAAUCUCAUCAAUUACGUUCAAUUGAAUUCAGUCCUGGAAAUGAUAUGUUACUAAUUGCCAGUGGUAGUUGUCAAGGAAAAGUUAUUACUCGAGAUGGAAAAAAUAUGUAUGAAUGUGUUCGAGGUGAUAUGUAUUUAAUUGACAUGCAAAAAACUAAAGGUCAUGUUAGUACAUUAAAUCGUGCAUGUUGGAAUCCAAAAGAUUUAAAUGAAUUUAUGACUUGUUCUGAUGAUGGUACUGUUCGUCUUUGGUCAUUAAUUCGUCGUACAGAACAUGUUUCAUGUAUAAAAACAAAAUCUGAAACAGGUAAAAAAACCGCGACAACAACAUGUACAUAUAAUACAUAUCAUACACAUGUUGCACAAAAUGAAUAUUUAAUAACUGCUGGAUGUGAUGAUGGUAGUAUACAAAUAUGGGAUCGUCGUCGACCAUUUGUAAAUGUUACAUUUAUGUCACGACAUGCACAUGAACCAGAAAAUUCUAUCACUUCAUUACGUUGGUCUUAUGAUGGACAACAUUUAGCAUCACGUUCAACUGAUCAUACACUUAAAUUAUGGGAUAUAAGAAAAUUUAAAGAACCACUUUCACAAUAUACAGAUUUACAUAAUCGAUUUUCAAUGACUGAUGUAACAUUUUCACCUGAUGAUCGAUUUUUAAUAACUGGUACAUCAACACGAAAGAAAACAGAUGAUAAUAUAGAUAAUGCAGCAAAUUAUGGAGCUAUUUAUUUUUUUAAUCGAAAUAAUCUUGCACAACCAGAAGGACAAAUUCAAGUUAGUGACAAUGCAAGUGUUAUUAAAACAGUAUGGCAUUCAAAAUUAAAUCAAAUUAUGUGUACAACAAGUAAUGGAUUAGUUAAAAUAUUUUAUGAUACAGUACGUUCAAAACAAGGAGCAUUAAUAUUUGCAAAUCGUGAAGAACGACAAAAGAAAGCAAAUGAUUUCUUUAUUAAUAUGAAUAUUAUCAAUCCACAUGCAUUACCAUUAUAUCGACAAGAUCGAAUUAGAAAUUUAUCAGUUAUACGAAUGAAAAAUCGAGAAGAUCCAGUCAAAUCCAAACGUCCUGAUCUGCCUAUCAGUGGUGCUGGUUCAGGUGGUCGUAUUGGUGUACAUGGUGGUACAUUAUCAUCAUAUAUUGUUAAGAAUAUUGCUUUACAAAAACCACCAGCACAAAAAGAAGAUUCUCGAGCUGUUUUACUUAGUUAUCAAGAAAAAUGUGAAGCAGAACCAUUUUGGGUUACACCAGCUUAUAAUCAAAAUCAACCCAAACCAAUUUUUCAAGCUUCUACUCAAGAUACACAACGAAAGAAAGAAGAUGAUGAUGAUGAAAUUGCACCACUUUGGAAAAAACAAAAAACAUAA